AUGUCAUUCCGUCGACAUUUUGCGCUCCUGCUGUUCCUCGCGUGUCUCUCGCCGCUGAUCUUCACUGCUGAGAGUUUGAAGGGUGCUGGAAGAAAAGAAAAGAAGCAGGAGAGCCGAGGUGUUAACACCUUUGCAGUUGUCAAAGGAAAGUUCAUAACCAAGGACAAGGCGCAUUGCUCAUGGGUGGCGCGCGGAGAGGACAAGUACACUUUGAGUGUUACGUGCAAGCCUGUAAAAGGGGAUGGAUUCACCUGUAAAUACACUGCCAGGCCAGCGUCAUGUCCUGGAUAUGUGGCUGAGCCUUGGACUUACUGGAGACAGAUUACCAGAUCAAUUAGGAGACAGAAGAAACUGUGCUCCGAUCAGCGCUCCAUACUGAAAACUGGCCUGUGUAAGAGCGCGCCACAGGAGGCACAUUUCAAGCUAACCGAAACAGCACACGAGAAAUCCCACACGAAAGAGAAGACACCGCCGAGAGAGAAAGAAAUGACCACGAACGCAACGACACCGGACACAACGCGCAAGUGCGCGCAGCACAGCGAUCACAGCAAGAUCGCCAAAGAGAAGUGCGGAGAUUCCUGGGCGAGUCUCUGCACGUUUUUUUUUACUUUAGUUCAGAACGGAGACUGUUGAGUGCUUGAGAGAUUUUAAUGCUUAUGUUGUGUUGUUUUCUUGGUAGUUCAAUUUGAUCUAAUUCACUAGUCGACAUACCAGAACAAAGGUUUGACAAACUUUUUAGUAAGAAAUGUCAAACAUCAUUACCAUCACAAAACCAAAAAUCCCACAUCAUAACAGGUAGAACUGCAUAGGCCUAUUUUAAAGUUGGCAAAAGUGACCCAAAUAAAGAACCACCCUUUGACUGAUAAGCCUGUAUACCAUUGAAAUGUUGUUUACUGUAAAACUGUAAACAAAGUUUAUUUUUCUAUUUUUUACUACCGUAUAUAGAAACGUGCACUGUGAUGAUUUUGUCAAAUGCAAUUCACUGACUUCUAGGAUUACUGUAUUUAAGACAAAUAAAAAAUGUAUUAAAAGCAUUUUUACAAAUUC